AUGGAAAUCAUUCGUGAAGAAAAAGGUUUCAUUUUGACUCAAAAGAGAUUUACCUCAGAACUCUUGAUUGAAUUUGGGGUCCUUGACCUCAAGCCUACUACAUCGCCCGUUGAUCCCACUCAAAGACUCAGCCUUCACACUAGAGAUUUGAUUCCAGACCCGACUUUCUAUCGUCGUCUUCUAGGGAAAUUGAAUUUCCUCACUCACACGCGGAAAGACUUGUCCUUCGCCGUGCAACAUUUGAGUCAAUUUAUGCAGUCUCCACGCCAACCUCACUUGGACGUAGCUUUUCAUUGUCUGCGUUAUCUCCUCUCAGAUCCUGCAAUGGGUCUUUUGCUCAACCUUAGUCCCUUACUUCGUCUUCUUGCUUUCUGUGACUCUGACUGGGGACGAUGUCCUGACUCUCGUCGUUCUAUUAGUGGUUUCUACAUUAACCUUGGGGGUUCUCCGGUGUCCUGGAAGUCAAAGAAACUACCUUUAGUUUCUUUGUCCUCUGCUGAAGCAGAGUAUAGAUCUAUGAGACGAGUGGUCGCAGGGGUUACCUGGUUAGUUCGAUUGCUCGAAGAUCUGUCUAUUUCACCUUCUCUGCUGGUUCCGCUGCAUUCCAAUAGCCAAGCAGCGAUUCAUAUCGCCAAAAAUCCAGUAUUCCACGAACGUACAAAGCACGUGGAGCUGGAUUGUCAUUUUGUUCGGCAACAAUUUCAAGCAGAGAUCAUUUCUUUGACUUUUGUCCCUUCGCAUCAACAGGUUGUCGAUGUCUUCACCAAACAUUCCGGUCCGCUUCACCGCUCUAUCAUCGGCAAGUUGGGUGUUACUUCGUCCCCCUCCAACUUGAGGGGGUAUUGGCGUCGAAAUUUCCUCCCAAUCUCACCAGCAUUUUACAGAGAAUUUUGGUAA